CUUCACCUUCCUUCGGCUUUUCUCAUGAUCUGAUGAUCCUGCACUAUGUGGCGCGACCGCAUUUCAGGCCAGUCUACGCCAACCAAUAGCCGAAACCUCUCUCCCCUACCCCGACGAACCUCAUCCCAGCUUCUCCCAGGUCCCUAUGGCCGGCCGGGGGUAACUUCCAAAACAUCCUCUACAUCGCUCCUCGUGACCCCGAAUGAUUCCACCGCAUCCCUUCCAGGAACUGCACGGACAGCCAAUGGCUCUCCAUUGAAGCAGACAAGCAUCCAACGACCGCGACCUGCCAAUGUUCCCGACCCGCUGGAAGUCUUAAAUAGCAUCAUUGGAAAGGAAAACCAGACAGAGACAAAUGAGUCGCAGUUAUUGGAGCUAGAGAAGCCUGCACAGCUAGUGGAAAUUAUUCAAUUCGAUGGGCUCAGCCUUGAGGACUUUCUGACAAAGGAAGAAAAACCGAGGAAGAAGACCCGGGAUAGCGAUGUCAAUGCACAAACACUUCAGCAGUUUGAACAAGAGCGAGACAAGUUCCAGGAAUUACAUACUUCCAUCACGGGCUGUGAUGAGGUGUCCAAGUCAGUCGAGCUGUAUCUGAAUGACUUCCAGACUGAACUGGGCGCUGUAUCGGCAGAGAUCGAGACUCUGCAAUCCCGCUCUACACAGCUCAAUGCAAUGCUGGAGAACAGGCGAAAUGUGGAACGGCUUCUAGGACCCGCCGUGGAAGAGAUCAGUAUCUCCCCUAAAGCUGUGCGGACAAUCGCCGAGGGCCCCAUCGACGAGAAUUGGGUACGUGCUCUGAACGAGAUUGAUACUCGAACGACAAACAUUGAAUCCAAGGCAUCAUCUGCCAAUGGCUUUAAGGCAAUUGAGGAUGUGCGACCACUCCUGAUUGAUGUGAAAAACAAGGCGAUCGAAAGAAUCAGAGAUUACUUGGUAUCGCAAAUCCGGGCGAUGCGAUCCCCUAACAUCAACUCACAGAUUAUCCAACAACAACGAUUGGUCAAGUUCAAAGAUCUCUAUAGUUAUCUCUCAAAGACUCAUCCGAAGCUGGCUGGAGAGAUCUCACAGGCAUAUAUCAAUACAAUGCGCUGGUACUACACAUCUCAUUUCACACGCUACCUCCAAGCACUCGACAAGGUCAAGGUGUACCCUCCUGACCGCAAUGAGGUGCUCGGAGGAGAUCCCUCUUCCCAUCGAACCGGAAACAUCCUACCCGGUGGCCGAGCUGGCUCUGCCGCACAUGAUCCUUUCUCUCUAGGCAGACGAGUUGAUAUCCUCCGAACUGGCAAUUUACAAGCUCUAUCCUCAUAUCUAGCCGAAGAAGACAACAACUACCAUGGGAUUGAAGUCCCUUUUCGAAACUUCAACCUGGCCUUGGUAGACAACGUGUGUGCCGAGUAUUCUUUCCUGACGGAGUUCUUCUCCGCCAAAACCUUCCAUCAAAUCUCUCGCAAUGCGGUGGAGAUCUUCCAGCAGGUCUUUACUCUUGGCCAGAACCUCACCAAGAGGCUUAUCGAACAGACCACUGAUUCUCUGGGUGUCUUAAUGUGCGUUCGCCUGAACCAGCAUUCCGCCUUCGAGCUCCAGCGCCGCAAGGUGCCAGUAGCCGACUCAUAUGUGAAUGGAAUCAAUAUGCAGCUCUGGCCACGUUUCCAGGUGGUCAUGGACCACCAUGGUGAGUCGCUGAAACGCGUUGGGUCCAACACAGGACGCAGUGCUGUUUCUGCCCUUUCGAUCGCAGGCGGAGACGACCUCAAGCAGUCCUCGGCACCGCACUUCCUCACCCAGCGGUUUGGCCAGCUUCUCCAUGGAAUCCUUGUUCUUAGCAGCGAUGCCGGUGACGAUGAGCCGGUUUCCAACAGUCUUGCUCGGUUGACUGCCGAGUUUGACUCACUCUUGGCGAAACUCAGUCGCAACGGCACGGACGCCAAGCGACGAGAGCGCUUCCUCUUCAACAAUUAUUCAUUGAUUUUAACCAUCAUAAGUGAUACCCAAGGCAAAUUAGCAACUGAACAGAAGCAGCAUUUGGAAGAGAUGCUUAAGAACAGCAGCAAGCGGCGCCAUUUCUCCAGCACCCGAGCCACCAACGCCGACUUCACGCAUGCAGUAAUAGGUGCAGGAGUCGUCGGCCUCGCUGCUGCCCGACAACUCGCAGCUCGGGAGGGUACAUCAACCAUCCUACUGGAGCGACACGAUGCGCCAGGAACCGAGACAAGCAGUCGCAACUCCGAGGUAAUCCACGCAGGCCUCUACUACCCGGCAACCUCCCUAAAGACAACACUCUGCAUCCACGGCCGCAACCUCCUCUACGACCUCUGCGCAAAGAACAACAUCCCCCACCGAAACACCAAGAAAUGGAUCGUAGCCCAAACCCCAGAGCAAUGGGAAGCAGCCCUAAAGAUACAUGCGCACUCGCAGACCCUCGACGCACCCACACGCCCAAUAAGCCGCGAUGAAGCCCGUCACCGCGAACCGGACGUCAGAGCCGACGCGGGGAUUCUGGAAUCCGAAACGACCGGUAUUGUAGAUAGCCAUUCACUAAUGACAUACCUACAAGGAUCAUUCGAAGAGCGGGGCGGGGACAUCGCGUUCAAGACGCGGGUGACGGGGGUCGAGCCUGUGGACGGUGGGAAGGGCGGAUAUAAACUGACUGCUGUGAGCGACGAAGACGGAUCUGAGACGUGCAUUACGGUUGAGACGCUUGUUAAUUCGGCUGGUCAUGGGGCGUGCGAGAUCAGUAAUAUGUUGCUUCCUGCUGAACGGCAUUUCGUGCCGCAUUAUGCUAAGGGGACUUAUUUUUCUUAUGCGGCUAGUCGGCCGAAGACGAAUGUGCUUGUUUAUCCGGUUACGAUGCCUGGGACUGGGGGGUUGGGGACGCAUUUGACGCUUGAUAUGGGUGGCCGGAUUCGGUUUGGGCCUGAUGUUGAAUGGGUUGAUGCCGCUGAUGAUCUUGUUCCUAGUGCUGCUAGGUUGGAGCGGGCUUUGCCUGAGAUUCGGGCUUAUUUGCCUGGUGUCGAUGUUGAUGCUAUUUCGUUGGAUUAUUGCGGUGUUCGGCCUAAGUUGGGGAGGGGUGGGGCUGUUAAUGAGGGGAGUGGUUUUCAGGAUUUCAUUAUUAGGGAGGAGGAGGGUUUGCCGGGGUUUGUGAAUCUUUUGGGGAUUGAGAGUCCUGGAUUGACUAGUUGUUUGGCCAUUGGGGAGAUGGUCGAGGGGAUUUUGUAUAGAUGA